AAACCGACUUGAGACGACUAGAACCGAACGAAGACGAGUCCCAGCACGAGGCACGCCGAGUCCCCACCACGAGCAGCGUUGCCGGCUCAGUCGUUGUGCGGGAGUGGUCACUGAGGGAUGUGUGGUACCGUAACUGAGUGUGACUGAGGAAAAAGACCCGGCGUAGUUUCUCCGCGUAAUACGCUCUCGCUCUUUAUCCCCCAGACAAAAAAGAACUAGAAGUCUAGUCAAUUUUCGGCCCCCUUCCUAAUUUCGCGUGAAAUUACGGGAUACGCUGAUCGUAUAUUUAUUUAAGUAUUUAUUGUACAAAAAACUUUAACUAUAGCCAACAGAAUGUCUGUGGACAAAGAAGAAUUGGUACAGCGUGCAAAGCUUGCCGAGCAGGCAGAAAGGUAUGAUGAUAUGGCAGCCGCAAUGAAGGCAGUCACCGAAACGGGAGUCGAGUUAUCGAACGAAGAAAGGAACUUGUUGUCGGUAGCAUACAAGAAUGUCGUUGGCGCAAGACGUAGCUCGUGGCGAGUAAUUUCCUCCAUUGAGCAGAAAACUGAAGGUUCCGAGCGUAAACAGCAAAUGGCCAAGGAAUACCGGGAAAAGGUCGAGAAGGAGCUACGUGAAAUCUGUUACGAUGUAUUGGGACUCCUUGAUAAGUACCUGAUCCCCAAGGCUAGUAAUGCCGAGAGUAAAGUAUUCUACCUCAAGAUGAAAGGCGACUACUACAGGUAUCUCGCAGAAGUUGCUACCGGAGAAACUAGAAAUGCGGUAGUCGAGGAUUCACAGAAAGCGUAUCAAGAAGCCUUUGAUAUUGCAAAAUCAAAAAUGCAACCUACGCAUCCCAUCAGGCUCGGUCUUGCUCUCAACUUCUCCGUUUUUUAUUAUGAAAUUAUUAAUUCUCCCGCUAGAGCCUGUCAUCUUGCCAAACAGGCGUUCGACGAUGCGAUCGCAGAGUUGGACACACUUAAUGAGGACAGCUAUAAAGAUUCCACGCUAAUUAUGCAGCUUUUACGCGACAACCUCACUCUUUGGACCAGUGACACGCAGGGUGAUGCGGACGAAGCACAGGAGGGUGGAGAUAACUAACCUUCCUAAGCUUAAGUCCUUUCUAACCUAAUAAGAACAUCUAUUCUCUAUCGUCCCCCCGUCCCUUAAAGUGCUCACCCAUCCAUCCACCCGAGAUCGAUUUAUCCAUUCGCCUGUCCUUUCGUCCCUCGCGUACCUCGUUUCCUUCUUCCUUCUUUUCUUCUUUUCUUCUCCCCUUCACCUUUUCCCUCUCUUUUGUCAUUUUUUCCCUUUUUUUUCCAUUCCGUUUAUCAAUCAUCCCAUUCUAUCUUGAAUUAUCCCCUUAUUUCUCCAUUUUAUUAUAUCUCAUUUCGUUCCUCUUUGUAUUUCCUUUUUUUCCUUUUUUUUCUUUCUUACUUCCACAUUCAUCAAAAAUGUCAUCGUCCUUUUUCGAAUCCUUAUUUCCUUAUUAUCUCCUCGAAAAUCGUGACGUGACCUGUUUGUUCCAAUGCGACCGCACAUUGCUGCCAAUGCCACCGCCACAGCUGUUAUGCCUGAUUCGAAAGUUCGAACACGAAAAAAUCUCACUCUCGACCGUAUCCUUUCCUAAGGGAUCGAUUCAUGUGUUGGUCGCUGAAUAUAAUACCCGUUAUUGCCACUCGUCGAAAAAAAAUUUUGAAUUUGAACAUUCAAGGAGAGUGUCAAUCUUAAAAGAGAGGAAUAGGGAGAGGGGGAUUAGAGAGAGAGUGUGUGUGUAUAUGUGUGUGUGUGUAUGAAAAAGAGAGAGAGAGGGAGAGAGAGAGAAAAGAAGUAAAAAAUAACGAAGAGAAAAUAAUGGCGAAGGUAAAAAAAUUAGUAAAUUUAUGUGAAAUUAACUUAGGAUAUUGCAUUGCCAUACUCAUACACGGGCCCUUAAUGAAAGGAAACGGUCGAGUUGUGAGAAUUACUCAGUUUCUGGCAUUAAGUUUAUCCAAAAGAAGCGUAUUGACUCAUUUUUGUGUGGAAGAGAGAAGGAGCAAAUUGUGAAUAAACAGAGGAAAGGACAGGAAGGAUUUUUGCAAACAUUGUCUCGUCGUACAACGUUAUCGAAUAAGAUAUAUAGCGUAGAACGGUAUGAAAAAUGGUAAAGUUGUAUAUGCGUAUUAUGAGAGAUAAUAAUGUUAUCGAAGCUACUAGUCUUUGGGAAAUAUAUAGAAUACAGAAAAAUGUAUCGAUUUCGUUGUUGGGACGAGAUAUGGAGUGCAAAAAAAAAACAGCAAAAAAAA